AUGGCUGCUAUCUUCGGCAAGAACAUGUUAAGGAACUUCAUGUUUGCCGAUGACUGGACCAAUAUGAACCAUGGAUCAUUCGGAUCAGUUCCCCGUUCAGUGCAGAACCGUCUACAGGAAAGACAGUUGCUUGUCGAAGCGACACCGGAUCAGUUCAUUCGCUACGAAUAUAACCGGGAGCUCACCGCUGCGCGUAUUGAAAUCGCCAAACUGGUGCAUGCGCCGCUCGACACUAUAGUCCUUGUGCCAAAUGCUACUAGCGGGAUAGACACCAUCCUACGGAAUAUUGAAUACUCACCUGGGGACCAUAUCCUCUUUUUUGACACUAUCUAUGGCACCUGUGAGCGGACUGCUUUACAUCUUGCAGAGACAACCGCUGUCCAAAUCACAUACACUCCACUGGUCUAUCCUUUAUCAGAUUCUGCACUUCUGGAGACAUUCAACAAGACAGUGAAUCGGAUUCAUAGCCGCGGAGAGCGUGUUAAGAUCGCUGUAUUUGAUGCAAUCAGCUUUCAACCAGGUGUGCGCGUUCCUUUCGAAGACCUUGUCAAGGCAUGUCGAGGGCUAGGGAUUCUAUCUUGCGUGGACGGAGCCCACUGUAUCGGGCAAUUACCGUUAGACCUAUUGGCCGUAGAUCCCGAUUUUUUUGUGGGAAAUCUCCAUAAGUGGCUCUUUGUCCCACGAGGCUGUGCAGUACUCUAUGCUCCAGUACGUACCCAGCAACUUCUGCGUACGACCUUCCCAACAGGCUGGGGUUUCCGGCCGAAGAACGCCCGGUGCAAUGCCUAUUUUGCUUUAGGCCCGGGACAGAAGAAACCAUUCGAGACCCUUUUUGAGAGCUUUGGUACAAUGGACUAUAGUCCCUUCCUUUGUCUACAAGAUGCUUUGGCCUUCAGACAGGGGCUAGGUGGAGAGGCAAAGAUCAUGAGCUAUAAUUCUGAGUUAGCUGCAACUGGAGGACGGGUUAUGGCUGGAAUUUUAGGGACAAAGGUCUUGGACAACGAGGAAGGCACUUUGACUCGUGGAUGUAGCAUGGUUAACGUCAUGCUGCCUCUGGAUUUGUCGCAGUUAUCUGGGAACGUGGGCAGGGUCAUCGAAGAUAUUUCCCAAUCUUUGGUCCAUCGUUAUAGAACAUACGUGCCUAUUUUUCAGCACGGACAACACGUGUGGGUGCGAGCAAGUGCUCAGAUUUAUUUGGAAGUUGAACAAUUCAGCUUUUUGGGACACGCGCUUCGGAACCUGUGUGAGGAUGUCAUGCGUGGGGAGCGUUCUUACUGCGCUGAGCACCGAAUACUGGAAAAGCCAGGGGAGCUAUCAAAGGCCUCAAUGCAAGUAUUGUAG